GCAAUGAGACUUGCAGUCAACUGAUUUCAUCUUGAUUUCAUUUCAGUUUUUUUUCAUUUUUCAUUUGUUUUCUAUUAUUAAUUGUGAUUCACUUGAUUGUUGCCCAGUUAAUCAUGUCGAUUAAUAUUCUAGACGAAGAAGAUGGAAAGAAAUUGAUUCCUUAUUUGUGUAAUCAUUUCUAUUCACUUGGUUGGGUUUCGGGUACCGGAGGCGGAAUGAGCGUUAGAAUUGGCGAUCGUAUCUUUAUCGCUCCAUCGGGUGUCCAGAAAGAGCUAAUUAAGAGUGAAGAUAUUUUCGUGAUUAAUGGUGACGGAGAAACAAUCGAGGAUCCAGUUAAUUGUAAUCUAAAGAAAAGUGAAUGUACUCCUUUGUUUCUUGCUGCUUAUUCCCUGCGAUCAGCUGGAGCUGUUAUUCAUUCACAUUCAUUGUUUUCUGUUCUCGCCACGAUUAUCACCAAUGGAUCAGAAUUCAAGAUAACUAAACAAGAGAUGAUCAAGGGAAUCAAGAAAGGAUCAAGUAAUGUCUCUCAUCGGUACGAUGAUACGUUAAUUGUUCCCAUAAUUGAAAAUACUUGUUUCGAAUGUGAUUUAACUGAAAGUUUAACCGAGGCAAUUAAAAAGUAUCCAGAUACAAACGCAGUUCUGGUCCGUAAUCAUGGUGUUUAUAUUUGGGGCGCUAAUUGGAAACAAGCGAAAUCAAUGGCUGAAUGUUAUGAUUAUCUGUUCAAAGUUGCUGUGGAAAUGAAAAAACUUGGUAUUCCUUACAAUUAACAUCGAUAUCCAAAUCAAUUAUUUGAUUAUAAUGAUGUAUUUUCAUGACAACAUGAUACAAAAUUAAUAGAUUGGUUUAGUAAUUUGUUUACAA